AUGGUUGCAGUUGACUUAGAUUGGAGAAAAGGAAAAGAAAAAUCUGGAUUGAUGAUUUGUGACACAAACACAUGUGACAGCCGAAAGAAUCCGAUCCGAUCGGAUACGACGACGCGUCAUAGCGCGGUCAAGCUGCUGUGCACGACUUGGUAUUACUUGCGUUCUCGAAUUGAAAUUAAUAGACAAGAAAUUCUUACGAAAGUGGGACGAAAGUAA